AAAGCGAGAAGAAAAUGGAAAAUGUCAAAUGGACAAAUGAGAUCAGUGCAGUACGGAUUGUAAACAGGAUCUUUGUCUCUGUACCAGCCAAGAGAAACUGUCUUUUGAAGAUUUUCUACACCUAGGUUGAUCUUUGCAUUUAGGUGGAACAAAAGCAUUUCAAUUAUAUUUGAUGAGAAUUUAGAAAGAAGAAAAUGGCCACCUACUCAGCGUCUAAAAGUACAGUUGAACUGGCUAUUGAUCCACUUAUUAUGUGUAAAUUGUGUUUAAUGGAAUGUCCACUUCAAGAUAUGUAUGAACUACAUGAUUGUAAAUGUCUGUAUUGUGAGAUGUGUAUGCGACAGUAUUUAGAUGUGAUGAUAAAAGAAGGAAGUGUGUCCGAUAUAACAUGUCCAGAUGCUCAGUGUAAAAAACAAGGAAAAUUAGAAACACCAGAGAUUCAAAAAUUGGUUGACAAAAGUAAUUUUGAGAGGUACAAACGUUUACAUUAUAUGAGGGAAAUAGAUAUGGAUCCUAAUCGUACUUUCUGUCCAGAAGCUGGGUGUGAAACUGUGUGUCAUGUAUGUUCAAACAGAUUAGAAGAAAAUGUUAAUGCUACUCCAGUACAAUGUCCAACAUGUGGUCUUCAGUUUUGUUCAGUAUGUAAGUCAAAGUGGCAUGCAUCUAAAAGUUGUGAUGAAGCGAUGACAAGAGGAAAGCAAGAUGAUCAAGGAAUUCCAUUUAGUAGUGCUGAAGAUGCGAGAAUCAAACGCUGUCCAGUAUGCCAUGUGCCUAUAGAAAGAAAUGAUGGCUGUGCUCAGAUGAUGUGUAAAAGGUGUAAACAUGUCUUCUGUUGGUAUUGUCUCUCAUCGUUAGACGAUGACUUCUUACUACGUCAUUAUGAUAAAGGACCAUGUAAAAAUAAACUUGGACAUUCCAGAGCAUCUGUUAUAUGGCACAGAACACAGGUAGUGGGUAUUUUUGCUGGAUUUGGUGUUUUAUUAUUGGUAGCCUCACCAUUUCUCCUGUUAGCAGCACCGUGUAUUUUGUGUUGUAAGUGUAAAAUGUCUAAAUGCUGUGAAGAGGAAGAAGGUGAAGGAAUACCAACAUGACCACAGUCCAGCCAAGACGCUGGCUUCUUUUAAACAUUUCAUCCUAUAGAACACAUCAUAAGACACAUCAUGCUACAGCGCCAACAGCUAACAACAUGACUUGCUAUUUUAAAAAAAGAAAGCAGUUACUGACAAUCAUUUUUAAAUAGCCAAUUCGAAAGUUUUAACCAAUGAGUGGAUUUAUUAUAUUUUGAACUCCAUCAAUGCUGUGACAUCAUACAUAUAUUUUUGUAAUGUUUUAAAAUGAAAGUAGGAUGAACUUCAUUGUUAUGCCAUUUUAUUCAUAAUUUUUACGUUCUUUUUAGAAUUUAAAAUCCCAAAACAAAGUUGAUGUAUAUUUGUGGAAGGUUGAUGUUAUAUUUUAAAUGGUUGAAUUUUUAAAUGUUAUGUUUUAUCCAUUAUUGUCAUUCGGAAAAAAUUUGUAUUCCAGUCAGAUUUGCCAGAAAAGUCACUGGAUGACUGGAAUAGCAGGAAUUUAUUUCCAAAUCAGUGUUGUAGAACACAAAUUAAGUUUUGUUGAACAGAUCCGGGUGACUGGUAUAGGAACUCAUUCUCAUCAAUGUACACAGCAAUAAUGUUGUUCUGUCCUCUUGUAAAUAGCCCUUAGUAAAUAAACGAACAUAUCCAAUAGCCUGGUUUAAACAAUGCAACAUAUCAAAGAAAUACGAGUACCGAUUCUUGUGUUUUGGUUGGAUUCGUCACACAAUUUGUAGAAUUUAUAUAAGAAUGCAAUAGCUGAAUUAGAUUAUAUAAAAAUAAGAAAACUAUAGCCAUCAUAAAAAGUAAAUACUUAUUAUAGAAAAAUUUCAAAUUAUAAACUGCUUACACAUGAUAUAAAAAUUUGUCCAAAACAACAGCAUAUUUAUCUGAUAGAGAAACUAUUUCCUGUCAAGUGCGAAGAUUCCGAUAAGAAAUUGUAUUUUGUCAGAUGUCAGAUUUUCACCCCAAGUUUUAUUCACUAAAGUAUAUCUUGGACCGCUCCUUUAAAUCUGACAGAAAAACACUUGUUAAUAUAUAUGGUGUUUUUUACUAAUAAUACUAAACUUCCAUAAUGUAAUGUAUAUAUAUCGUAUUGAAUGGUCAUAAGUCCUAUAUUUGUCCAAGGCAUGAAUUCCAUAGUAUUUCUGGGCCUAGGGACAUAUACCUUUUCUUUCCUGAACUCAACUUUUGUUCAGAUUUCAAUCUCUAACUGCUAGUGCUCAAACAUAGAAUAUGCAAUUCAUAUUAUAAUUAUUAAUAUUUUCAAUUGGACCUAAUUUUAUCAAAACCAUUUAAAAAUGGGUUUAAGCAUAAUUUUAGUUGCAAAUUUUUUUAAUUCUAUUUUUUAUGGCAGUAGAAAACAAAAGGAUUGGAUACAAGUUUUGAAUUCUAAGGUUGAGAUUUUGAAAAAAAAAAGGUUUAUGCCCUUCAGCUUACACUUACAUUUGUAGAUAUAGUAUUGGUAGUCAGGGUAGACAAAAUGUAUUAUACACAUAUAUAUUUACAAAAAUAUAUGCACAAUUUGGAAUACAUGUAUAAUAAUUUUGUUUUUGUAAUGAUUCUGACCUAGAAGUAAUAAUACUGCAUAGGCUAGAACUUAUGAGAAUGUGAAUGAAACCUGUUUUUGUGUCUGACUUUAAAGUUACGACUUGUAACAUGAUGUUGAUGAUUUAACACACAAGUUACAAGGUUUUAAGAGGAAUAAUAGAUUUAUUUGAAGAAUAUUAAGGAACAUUAGUGCUACUUUAAAAUAGUUUUUGGAAGUUUUUGUGUGUGAUGUAUAUUGUAUGAAUGAGUAUAUUUAUGUAAUGAAUGUUGUUUUUACUCUAUUUCUAUGUGGAAUUAUAUAUCGUUAAAAUCCCUUUGACCACAAAAUAUUCCUCAUUUUAAGAUAACAUGUGGCCUAUGAAUGUAUACCUCUCUAUGUUUUAAAGCUAAACUUGUAACUAUUUAUGUACAUUUUGGUAGGUUACUACAGAGUGUAUUCAUGUUAUUGUUUUGAAUAUUCAGUACAAUUGUGAUUCUGUUACCACAGAAACAAGAACUUUUCUGUUGCCAUAGAAACAAGAGCAAUGAUCAUCAUUAAAAAACACAAAACAUAAUUUAUAUGGAUUGCUAAAGUAUGUUGAAAUGUUACAAUUAAAUACACUGAAUUUAAGUAAUCCAUUGAAAUUUUGAACUUUUAAACCUCAUGAAUUUGGAUAGUCUGUAAGUGGGCCAGGACAAUAACAGGAGAAAUCCUGUCCUUGUCAAAUAUCUCAUAGAAUGAGUCAGAAUUGUUUUCACAAAUGGAAAAUAUCCAAGAGAAAACAGAUGAGACCAUAAGUGCUCUCAUACAUAGAAAAUAUUGAGAGGAAUAUAUGAGCAGACAAUAACACAUUGAAUGGCAGCUAAUUGUGUCUGUAUGAAUUCUGUAAGAAUCGGGAUUCAGGGCACAUGUUUAUCAGACUGUUAAAAAUAUUCCUACAAUAAAUAAAAGCAGGGUUAAUGUUGAUUUUUCACUUAGUCUGUUAUAGUAACCAGGAUAACAGUACUUUUAACCUUCCAUAGAAUUUUUUCGGGUUGAUAAAUGUGGGCCCUGAUAUUUAUAUUUACUCCUAAGUAGUAGAUAAUAUUACACGUAUAAACUUGUAUCAAAAGUAAUCAGUGAUAUAGUCAGAUGGGUCUGCCAGGGGACAUGAGGACACCCUUUGGGGGCUGGGAGCUGAAGAAGGGUAUUUGAUCUUUGAAGAAUAUGAAAUAUUUGAACUAAUAAGAUUUAAGUUCAGAGACCCCUCUUUAUAAAAUUCUUGACUAUGAAACUGAAAUAGAACAUUUUUAAUAUGAAAUAUAAUGUUCUUUUUAAACAUAUUGACUGUGAUAUUAAUAAUGUAUAAAAAAAAAAAUAAUAUUGUCAUAAUACCUAUAUUGUAUUAUUAUUAUGUAGUGACAUGUUCUGGAACGUGGUGCAUACCAAUAUUGGAGAUGAAAACAUUUCUUUUUAAAUUGGGACCGCAGUUUGAUUUGAUGUAUAAGGCAGGGCCUGGUUCCUAUAAAAAAACAGCUUUGAUCUGUCUAUUUCAACUUAAGAUAGAAUUAUCUCAUUGAAUUCAUAAGGAAGUCUUGUUAUAAAUUAGAUCAAAUAUCUUGUGUAUAUUAGCAAGUAGAUCUUGGUCUCCAUGCCAAUUAUGGAAAUAUUGGCAUUUAUUUUACUGUGACAUAAUCUUGACUUAGAGGAAGCAUGAAAAUGGAUUUUAGAUUUUUCUAGGAAUCAAGCUACCGAUUAGACUAGUGCAGACCUUGCAUAUGGUAUAUACGGCCUUGCUUUUGUGAAGCUAUCCUUUAUUUUUCCUUCUUAGUUACCCUACAUUGUUAUUAUUUUGGUUUUUAAAAAAAAAAUUUAAAAUUAUUAUUGAAAAGCAUAAAACAUUUUUAAUUUUAACAUAGAAAAUCCCCUUAAUAAUGAAACCACAUACCUCCAAAUAUUACAUCUGUUGAAAUUUUAAAGUAUAGACCUCUUACAACUAAUUGCAUGUUUUGUAGCUCUCUAAUAGUUUGUUUCUAGUCAACAUUCCAUAAAGAAGAACUGUUAUUUUAAAAGAUUUUUUUUGUUUUGAUGUAUUCUUGCUUCGUGAUCUGUUCACCAGUAAUAUUGACUGUGUUUGAAAUAAAAUUAUUACUAAAAAAAACACCAGUCUUUCUUUGGGAUUUUAGAAGUUGGUUGUAUUCACUGGAUUUAAAGUAGCUAAGUCUCCUAACUCAGUAUCAUCUAAUGUCUUUGACAUUGAAAGCAUGAAUUAUUUGUCAAUUAAAUA